AUGUACAAGGCAUGUGGAAAGUCCAUUAGUAAGUAUGUUAAGAUCUUACAGCUUUUGAAAUUAAAUCAUAUUUCCCUUGUCUCUGAGCUCAUCUGCAGCCGCAUUGUCCACCUCAAUGAAGAAUGCCUCAGAUACAUUGCAUCAGAGAGUGAGCUUGAAGUCAAUGAAGAUGAGAUCAAGGAUGAUCAGAUGCUUGCAGGACACAUUCACCUUGGCUCCCUGCAGCCUCUCAUUAGUUUUGCCCUAGUAGAGGAAGCAUAUUAUUCAAAUUGCACGUUUGCACACUUCCAGAAGAAGUUCACUAUAUUCCUCAAUGACUUCCUCCCUUCCAACAAUAUACCAUUGCCUAACAGUUUGACCUGGCUAAGACGAGCAGCUGAGGACACACUUCAAGAAUACUGCUACCUCAAAGUAAAUUGCAAGUCCUUCAUUGACUGGAAAUCGGCCACCAAAUACCUUAGAUGUAACCCAAGUUUCUAUGGCUGUGAAUGGUGCAAUUGUGCAAUGAUACAUACCCAUGACAAGGAUGGCAAUGACCAAAACAUUUUUGUUCAAUUACUAUUCAUGUUUAAGUAUGUUGUUACUUUAUCUGAGUUUAUUUCCCUUCAUUCAAUCAUUCAUGGUGCUCUACUUGUCCCUGAUUAUGACAGUAAUACAGAUUUUUUUGUUGUUGACUAUGUGGAUACAGAUAUGUUCCUCCACUCUUGA